AUGGAGGAAUCCGAGAAGCGGAAGGAAAGGCUAAGAGCAAUGCGCGUAGAGGCCGCGCAGUCGGAGAUUUCCGCGGAUCAGUUGGGUUCCCCGCCGAUGCAUCUUUUCAAUCCCUUGGCUCAAGCUUCUGGCGCUCCGCCGAGUGCGGGGAGAGCAGCCCCGCCCGCUAGGUUUGACUACUAUACGGACCCCAUGUCUGCAUACUCCGGCAACCGGAGCAGUGCCCGCGGACAUCAUCCACCGGAUAACUUCGCAUCCCCUAUCCGUAGCUGCUCACCGACGGCUCAUCCGGCAUCCCCUUCCUCAGGUACUUGUCCUUCCCACCGUAGCUAGACUCCACCAUAUAAUCGGGUUUGUUUUUGGGAAUAGGGUUAUCUCUUCAUGCCAUCUUAUGCUGGGGUUCCAGAAUUCUAGCUGAUUAUAGAAAAAUGGUGAGAUAAUAACCUUCCAUUGAGUUCCGUCGUCGUCAAAUUGGAUCUGACAGGUUGACAUCGUACGUAUGGAUGCUUCCUUUUACUCUUUCUCUUACUUCUCCUUGACUCUGGACUGAUUGUCCACAUGCAAUGCGAAUCCUCUGAGAACAAUAGUCCCAUAUCUGAUAGUGGCUAGUUUCUGUUCUAAUUGAUUCAGCCGGGCGUGGGGGAGACCAGAUGACCCAAAAUCCUGUUCCCGGCAACCAAUUCCAGCUCAAUUAUUCUUCUCAUCAGAUAUCAUAUGGAACUUCGUUGCCUAUUCCCCAAUAUGGUCCUUGGAGGAGCCCGGUUGGAAUGGCCGGACCCUUCCCACGGCACAACCCUCUUGGUGUGCCUCCCAUGCAGUAUGGAUCUGGCAACGCUUAUGGCCGUGGGCCUCCUCACAGUGUCUCAAGGGGCAUCAUUGGUGCCAGUCCAGGUUUUGGGCAAGUCGCUAGCCCGAGGGCUUACGCAGGAGGUGGCAGCCCAGGUUCUCAAUAUGGAAGAGUUAGCCCAGGUGCCAAUUUUGGAAGAGGCGGUGGUGGUGGCUGGCGACCUGGAAACUACAGCAACACCUCUGCAGGGCGGGGUGGCAGAGGGCGAGGCGCCAAUGAGGCCGUCUCUGCUCGCGAGAGGCCAGAGCUAUUCGGCCACAAGAUGAUGGUGAUGGACCCUUGGGAUGAGCUGAAGCCAGUUGUGGGGUGUAUACUGAUGCUUCCACCCAAGCAGAUGACUUCGGACUCUCUGAACUCCUGGCUUCCAUCGUCAAUUAGAGCGAAAAAGGCGAAAUUCGAGGAGACUAUCUCAGUGCCUCGUUCCCAGGUCAGCCUGGCCCAGUCCAUUGCUCUGGCUUUUGAAGAGGCCGCUCGUGAGGAAGGGAGUUAG